CAACUGAACACUGAACAAUGGCCGAGAAUAAUGAUGUUGUUUUUUCUUUAAUCUCCGCAGGAGCUGCAUUUCCUUUGCUUUACUGGCAGGGAUGCACUUAUUCUGCACUUUUUAUCUUCUUCAUUUUCAUGUAUUUUCUCAGUAAACUGCGUGGUGUAGAAAAGAUUGUGGCCCCACCUGAUUUUAAAGUCCUGAUAAUCGGGUCUGGUGUGUCUGGAAUAUGUAUGGGGAAGAAACUGAACGAUGUUGGAAUCAAGUAUACGAUAUUAGAGAAAUCAGCAAAUCUAGGAGGAACAUGGUAUGAUAAUAUAUACCCUGGUGUAGCCUGUGAUGUACCAAGCCAUCUUUACAGUUUCUCGUUCUUUCUGAAUCCAUUCUGGAGUAGAGCGUUUAGUAAAGGGAAGGAAAUCCAUGAGUAUCUACAGGCAGCUGCAUCCAAGUUUGGUGUUUACCCCCAUGUACAGUAUGAAAAGCAUGUGAGCAGCGCCACCUGGGAUAAGAAAACUAAUCUUUGGACUGUUCUCACCAAGGAUGGAUCAAGUUACACUGCUAAUAUUCUAAUCUCAGGAUGUGGUGGGCUUCAUGUUCCAAGGUUUCCAGAUUACAAAGGAAUGGACUUAUUUAAGGGUGAGAGUUUCCAUACUGCGCUCUGGAACAAAGAUUUUGAUCCAACUAACAAGAGAAUUGCUGUACUUGGUACAGGAGCCUCUGCUGUACAGGCUGUUCCUAAUCUAGCAGAGAUGGGAGUAAAAUCUUUAACAGUUUUCCAACGAACCCCUUGCUGGGCCCCUCCUAGGUUUGAUUAUGAAUAUCCUGAAUAUGUGAAGACGAUAUUUAAUCUUUUUCCGUUCACCAAUACUCUACUAAGAUAUUUCUACUUCUGGCGCAAUGAGUUCAGAUUUCGCAUAAUCUUCACAAAAUCAGCCUGGAUCACUCAGAAACUAUCCGCUGUAGUACACAAACAGGUUCGUGGUUACUGCCAGAUGAUGAUUAAGGACAAGGAGCUGGCAAGCAAGUUGAUCCCUGACUAUGACAUGGGGUGCAAGAGAAUAACUCCCUCGGAUACGUACCUUCAAGCAUUUAACAAGGAUAAUGUGCAUCUUGUUACAGACAAGAUAUCUGAGAUCACAGAAACUUGUGUACGCACAGCUGAUGGUAGAGAGCACGAGAUUGACGCCCUUAUCUACGCAACAGGAUUCGAUCUUCUGAAAAGUGCAAAACCAUUUACUCAAGUUGGUCUUCAAGGAAAGCCGCUGCACGAGAUAUUUGAUGAUGCCCCGUAUGCUUACCUUGGUAUAGCACAUGAUAAUAAUCCAAACUGUUUUUGGUUACUUGGCCCAGGGACAGGGUUAGGACAUAAUUCAAUCAUAUACAUGAUAGAAUGCGAGGCGAACUAUACGAUUGAUGCAAUCCGUAAAAUGUUAGCAAAGGGAGCCAAGUCGAUGGUUGUAAAGAAGCAUGUGCAGAGGAACUACUGGGACUGGGUGCAGGACAAUAUGAAGGGCAAGGUGUUUGCUGAUAAUUCAGCCUGUACUGGAUGGUACAGAAACUCAAGAGGAGUAAACUGGACACUGUGGCCCCAAGAUCUUGUCUCCUAUUGGUGGAAAACUAAGUCAUGUGAUCUACAGGAUUAUAAUUUGUCCUACUAGACCUACAAUGGUCCUGUUUUGUCCUACAGGACUACAGUUUGUCCUACCAGAUGUUUAUUUUCUGCUAAUUAUAUUUGAAUAGAUUAAAAAAAAUUUGAAUUUGCUUGUUUUCCACUUACACCGCGGGAUGUAUUGAAAAAAAGAUUAAAGUAAUCUGUAGAUUAACAAAAAAUAGAGAUCAGGCAUUGAUCUUGAUAUUCACUAUACAAAAGUUCGAGCUCUGGUCUUGCUUCUUCAUUAACUCAAACUUCAGCUUAAAUUAUGUAUACUAAUUAAUAAAAUUAUGAAUAUAGA